AUGUACGAGAGACGACUGCAUGACGCAGCCUUCGAUGAGGCCGCCGACUCGGGCGAGCAGUGCGACGGUGAACUCCACUCCUGGCGAAAAGACCGGAUGGACACCGAGAAGGAUCCAAGCAAAGUUGUUCCCGAUUUGGCGAGCGCUCAGAGUGUUCAAAGAGCUAGAAAGGCCGAGCAGGAGAUGCUUAAUCGAUUAAAGAAGUAG